AUGGUAGAUGUUUUCAAUGACACUGUGAAUUGUGUAUCACCUGGAGGUGAAAUCAUAGUAUUUGGACAUGGCAACAAAAUAAUUACCUUUACAAUCAAGUGGUUUUCCAAUUCUACUGAUGAUGAUAUUAUAUGCCAGAGUUUUCAAACAUUUUUAAGUAAUCCCAUUGACCAAGAAAACAAUGAAAAAAUUACAUCAGUUGUAUGUCUUCCGAUUGCAGCAAUCGAUACAAAGCUAUCUACUCAUUGUAGUCCUGAAUGGUUUUGUAUUGCUAUUGGAUUUUCUAGUGGAUUUGUCAAAUUUUACACUGAAGAUGGAGAUCUGCUACUAUCACAAUUAUUCCAUAAUAGUGCUGUUUUGAAAUUACGGUGUCAAAGUCAUCAGCCUGCUAAAACUAAUCCCCCAGCUGUAGAACAACCUGAAGAAAUUGCUAUAUUAUAUAGUAAAGUUAUGUGUACAGUUGUUGGCUCAAUUUUCAUUAAUAUUUUAAGGUCUUGUAAAAAUCAAUUGGCUAAAAUUCAAGCAAAAUGUAUGGGUGAUAUAAGUAUCCCUCCAUUAACAUAUAAAAAGUGGGCUUUUGAUGUUCAGAAAAAGAUAAAUGACGCUGCUAUUGGUCCCAGAUAUGACAUCACUAGUUUUCAACACAUAGUAGCAACAAAUAUUUGCAAAGGUAUUAGUGGUGAUAAACAAAAUUGUAUACCACAAAUGACUCAAAUUAUAGCUGCUGGUGUUGAACCAUAUUUGGCCAUUCAUUACACAAUUGGAGGACAUGCUCAACCUACUUUUGGAAAUAUAACUAAAGCAGUUACUAAUCAAUUGAAAUCUUCUUUUAUACAAACAUUACCACAUUGGUUGUCUUAUAGUUUAUCAUUAAAUGAAACUCCUGAUACACUUGAACAACCUGAACAGCUUGGAUGUCGUAAGAAUAUAACUUCUUUUGGUAGUAAUCAAAUUAUAAUAUUCCAGGCAACUUUAUUAGCCGAAGAAGUUGAACUUGCUGAAAUAAAACAUGAUUUUUUCUGGGAAAAUUGGAAAACCAAUAAYCAACAUAAACUUACUCUUGUUCAAAUAGCUUUAAAUAGACCUAAUCCUGAUCAAGAAACUCUUUUUUUGUCUCAUCAAUUUGUUAGAACAUUUCAUAUAUUAGCCAAAUUUUCAAUACACAUAAAUAAACCACUGAAUAGUCUAUUUGACUGUAAUAUACAUGAAAUUGAUAUUUCUAAUUUGAACCAAAACACCUUCAAUCAAGAAAUGACAAGGACUAAAGUUAAGAAAUCAAAAACUAAUUUCAUCAUCAAUUCUAUUAAUUCAGCAGUCGGCCUUAUACAAAAAGAUUGUGAGGAUGGUCAAUAUGAGUUUGAAAGCAAGGAAUGUAUGUUUUGGAUAAAUAAAAUAUUUCAAUURGCUUUUGAUUGGCAAUUAAAUUUAGAUGAUCUUAGAAUAUGUCAAGUUGUUUCACUAUAUAGUAAAGGACACGAUCGUUUAGCUGAAGAAAUCAUACCAGUUGUCCACAAUAAAGAAAACCUUGUAAAGCAUUUAAUGAAUGUAAUCAAACAUAGAUUGCAAUUUGAAGUAUGCAUUAGUAAUUUAGACUUUCAUGAUAAAAUUGUACACUUUAGUCCAGAAAUCGUUUCUUGGCUUAAUAGUCMGGUGACCAUUGAUGUUGAAAAGUCAUUAUUAAGAGAAACUUUAGAAUUAGUACAAACUGUAAUAACUUUAUUACCAGAAAACGAUAGUCAACAUGAAUUUGUUACCAGUCUAAUGGAUAGUUUGAUAUCCUUAAUUAAUAGUUGACAGCAAAACAUAUACAUGUAAAUAUUGUAAAUGUUAUAUUUCAAAGUUUACCAAUGAAUAUUUAAUAAUACAAUAAAUAAUA